ACUUUUUAUUUAGUACGAGUAGUAGAGGGGAGAGGGCUUGGGGGGGGGCACUAUCUCAUAUUCAAUGCUUUACCAAACUCACCUCUUCUUCUAAAUAUUCAUUCACACUUUACCACCACCACCACUACUACCCUUCCUUCUUCUUCACCGACUUAUCUCAUCUCCUCUCUCUCACUCUCUCUGUGUCUCUCGUCUCAGGAAAAAAUGGAGAGUGUUGUUGAAUUGGCUUUGAAGAACAGUAGUAAAACCCUCACCAACAGCGGCGCUCUAAAUGGCGAUGAUUUCUCCGUCGACGACUUGCUCGACUUCUCUAACGAAGACGACGAAGACGCUCUCGUUGAGGAUGAGACUGGCUUGAAGAAACCCCAACGAAAAAGAGGACUCUCGUCUGACGAAACUACCCUUCACUUGACCAACGAUUUCUCCGCCGUCGAUUUCCCCACCACCGAGCUCGCCGUUCCGAUGGAUGAUUUAGCGGAACUUGAAUGGUUAUCAAAUUUCGUAGACGACUCUCUCACUCCGUAUUCCUCGUUUGCUCCGACGAAGAAACCGGUUUGGUUAACCGGAAAUCGAAUACGUUCUGUACCACCACCGGUUAAGGAGGAAACCUGUUUCAAAGCGCCUCCACCUCCGGUUCAAAUCAGGCCCAAACGAGCCAGAACCGGAGUCACCUACUGGUCUCAUGGUUCACCGGCGUCAUCUUCGAGCUCUGCGUCGUCGUCCUCGUCUUCCUCUGGUCUUCCUUCAAGCCCUCUAUGGCUCUCCGGUUUUGAGUUGGAUUUGCUUGACGAACCAAGGGUUAAGAAACAGAAGAAGACGAAGAAAUUAGCUGAUCAGACGCUAAUGCAGACGCGGCGGUGUGGUCAUUGCGGCGUUCAGAAAACGCCUCAGUGGAGAGCAGGACCAAUGGGAGCGAAGACGCUGUGUAACGCGUGUGGUGUGCGUUUCAAAUCUGGUCGGUUAUUUCCCGAAUACAGACCCGCUUGUAGCCCGACGUUUUCCAGUGAGCUUCACUCAAACAACCACCGUAAAGUCAUUGAAAUGCGUCGGAAGAAGGAGACCUCCCAAGAAGAAGGUGAUGAUGAUGAAACAACCGGUUUGAACCAAACGGUUCAGGCUAUACCGAGUUUCUGAAGAUUUAUUAAACCAGAAUUAGGAUUCGACCCGGUUCAGAUUUAGCAACAGUUUAGUUUUCUCAUUAGCUAUUAUAUUGCGUUUAUUAUGUUAAAAGGAUUGAUUUUGGUUAUGUAUGGUUUCUUUUUAAAAACAUGGGUUUUGUUCGUUGUUUAGUCGCACUAGGUUUUUUAGAGUUCAGUAAACUCUUAAGAUUGUUACUUUAUGAUCUCGUUGGUUUCUUUUCUAUUUUGUAAUCUCUGGUAGACUGAUGGUAAUUAUUAAAGCUCCAAUUGAAUCCCUUAUGGAUUUUGAA